CUCGGUCAUUUUCACUAUCAUUUUUGCUCUGUUUGUAGCGAUUUGCUGAUUGUGACGUGGAUAACCCUUUCAUAAAUUGAAUGCAGUUUGAUGUAAAAAUGUCGUAGAGAGUUCCGCGACGCCAAGUUUUGUUCGGAAAUGUUUGCUCUACACGAAUAGGCUAUUUACAAAAAGUUUCCGCUGGAAUCGUGGGACUUGAUUUUUUGGGAUAUUAUAAAAUCUUGGUUUUCCACAAACCUGGUUUGCAGAAAUUUCAAUGGCAUUUUCAUGUGCACCCUGAUUAUAAACUCUUUUAGUUGUUUGUUUUCACAUUUGUCCUAGCUAUUAUGGUUGAGGCGAAAAAUUAAAAAUAAAGGUGAACCCAUAAUUUUGGUCAGUAUUGCAUGUUUUUGAUUGGCUGUAAAUUUGGGAGCAAUUGCAAACACCUGUGAGUGACAACUGCUCUUAAAAUUGCCCCUCAGUGACCGCAUUUUAACGAAAUGGAUCACAGCUUAGGAGAUGUCGACCCUUGCGGUACAGUUGUGCUCAACAGGAAAUAACACACUUUGUUCAACAAGUGAGUUCAUCAUGAUGAUUUGUCUUUCUGAACUAUGUGGCUUGACUAACUCCAUCCACGGUUGACUGUAGCAGGCACAGCAACACUAUCAAUUAAUCAAGGAUCAACGGUAACAGCGUUAAAACUCACAUCAUCACGUACUGCAAGGCUAAGUGAAGUUCGAAGUUGAAAGAGCUAGAAUCAUUUUGAUCAGCCAAGAUCAUUACGCCUUUCACAUUACUUUCCUUUACAUUUUAUUUUAUGGCUGAGAAAGUUCAUUUUUUCUAAAUAUCAGGCGAAAAAGUCGUAAUUCUGCUCGUAAUUCUCAAUUUUCUCCAUCAUAACUCAACUUCUGAGCAAUAAAAAUAUUGAUCAAUAAUACAAUCUAAAGAUAUACAAUAAGUUCAAAAAGCAUUUUGCCCAACUUUUGCAUUACGCACACAUUAAUUUUCUAAAAUUUCUUUGGCGUGCACAGUGAUCGAGACCCUAGAUCAGAAAUUCGUGAAAUGUGACCUUCGGAAGUGAACCUCCAACUGCUUUUACAACUGACUUCAGCGAUCUAUCAAUUGUCUCUUCUCUCUUAGUCUCAACCUGUCAACUUACUUUUGCACCUAUGGUUUCAUAUGAUAUUGCCUCUCGAUCAAACUGGGUGGCUGUCGGUGAUUUCAACGGUGACGGUCGACAGGAUAUCGUCACCGCCAACUUUUUCAAUCACACUAUGAGUGUGCUUCUAGGCUAUGGUAAUGGCAGCUUUGAAGCAAAAACGGUGUAUCCGACUGACCUUCCCCCGGAUCCAUUCGCUGUCGGUGAUUUCAAUAACGACAGUCGAAUGGAUAUCGUCCUGGCCAAUAACGUCAAUAACAGUGUGCGUGUGCUGCUUAGCUAUGGCAAUGGGACCUAUAUAGUACAAACGGUGUAUCCGACUGACCUUCCCCCAGACUCGAUCGCUAUGGGUGAUUUUAAUGGUGAUAAUCGGCUGGAUAUCGUCAUCGGCAGUAACAUGAAUAACACUGUGAGUGUGCUUCUUAACUCUGGCAAUGGGAGCUUUGGAGUACAAACCACGUUUCCGAUUGGACUUGCCCCGAGUUCGGUUGCUGUCGGUGAUGUCAAUGGUGACAGUCGACUGGAUAUAGUCAGCACCAACAAUGCCAGUAACACUGCGAGUGUGCUUUUUGGCUAUGGUAAUGGGAGUUUCGGAGUACAAACGGUGUUUCCGAUUAGUAUUUACCCGAUCGCUGUCGGUGAUUUCAAUGGCGAUAGUCUACUGGAUAUCGUCACCGCCGACUUUACAAACCACACUAUGAGUGUGUUUCUUGGCUAUGGCAACGGGAGUUUCGGAGUACAAACGACGUUUCUAACUAGUAUUUUUCCGUAUGGGGUCGCUGUCGGUGAUGUCAAUGGCGACAGUCUACUGGAUCUCGCCAUCACCAACUACGAUAGUAAUACAGUCGGUGUACUAUUAAACAUGUGCCAUUAAUUCAAUUAUACUUAUUCAAUUAAUAAUUACGAUAUAUAGUAAAUACUUUUUAUCGUUAUAUCUAAUGGUGGACUAUAAUAAUCGAUAAGCAACACUUGUAUCUUAUUUUACCGAUACAUUGUCUUGACUAAUAAUUUAAUUGACACUGAACUCUCAAACUGUUCAAAAAUCGACUAUAGAUUGUAUCGUGACUUUAGUCUUCACCCAUACUCUGACUACUGUCAUCGGCAUUCAGCUUUUAGAUUCCACAUCGGGGAUGGGAUCGAUUUUUUUGGAACCGAAACGAAUCGAAAAAGUCGCAAACCGAACCGAUCGCCUUUUUUAAAACUUCGAACCGAACCGAGUCAAAUGAAAAAGGGUCAAAACUUACCAUAACGUAGUACAGAUAUUGGUCUUCGAUCCCAUUUUUUACACGUAAAUGAUACCACAGAUGAAUCAGACUGAAGCAGUUUACAUACUUUGCUUUUAACGUAUUUAAAAACAAUUAUAAACUUUGAUUUUGAGCUGACUCUAUACAGAACUUGCUGCUCUAAAAAUUUGUUGUUUUUCAAACCAAAUUUUCUUAUUUACACAAAUGUAAACGGUUAGUAGUUCUCCAAUCGCGUAACUGUAAUCUCGUAUUUUUCUGUAGACUUUUAUCAAUUUAUGUAUGUUUAUGCUCAUCAAGUUUGAUGCUAUAUAACAAGUAUUUUACUUCAAUAGGCAAAAUUUUCUACUUUAUGUUUCGAUGAAAAUUCCAAUGUUUUUACUCAUAUCAUUUCAUAGAAAUAUAUAUACUGUUUACAUCUAUCAAGAACUAGCACCCGGUGGCUAUCAGAGACCGAAAAGAAUCGGGUCGAGUUCGGGUCAAUGUAAAAAAUAUAGGUUCGGGUCGGGUCAAAGCCAAAAAAAUUUCGGGUUUUAUUCGGGUUGUGCCACUAGAAAACAAAUCAGGAGAGUUUCGUCGGUUACAAUUCACUCUUCUAUUUUUACACAUGUUUUUUUUAUCGAAAAGAGAAGUACAGUGUUUUUUCCUUUCUGCUAUGACGCUGUGUUUACAAGCUGUAUUUACUAAAUACAGCCGUUGAUGCGCCCUACAAAGUUAUGAAAAAAAGGUGGUCGCCCACGAAGCCAGUCUAAGAAAUUACGAAAAGGCUCAUUACUGAGCUUACUGUUUCCGUCGCUUUCACUAAACAUUGCUGUUCAUAUCUUACAGGACGGUGCCUGUUCUUAUGCUGUUUCGCUCUAUUUUUAUUUGUUUUCCUUUUCACAGCAAAUGUGACAAAAUUGGCAAGAUGUGUUUUGUCAAUAUCAAGAUGAAGAAUAUCCAAUAAAUACAACAUUUAAAACGGCUGAUUGUAUGGAAUGUGUCUGUUCAUUAGAAUAUUUUGUAUGUUGCGCGUAAGUUGAGAGGCACUUGAGAUCGUAGGUAGUUUUCUUCAUACAUAGAGUUAAAUAAAUAUGAUAGAUGGGUAAAAAAGAUCAAGAAUGACUGUAAGAGUUUCAUCUAAGAGACGCCAGCUAAUAUCGUUAUUGAUAAUAGUCAAAAUAAUUCUGCAGUAGCUUGUGUAUUUUCAAAAUCUUCCUGUUCUGGUUAUUUCAGUAUUAACGUGAGGCACGAAGUUCAACCCAAUACGAAAAGUUUUUUUCUAGUAGUCUCUUUAGUUAGAAUGUGAAAUAAAUAAAAUGCAUCAGCCAUCGAAAGUCUCAAGAUAUAAUGUGUACUCAUGAAACCGGGGACUGCUGAUAUUUAGUUUUAGAAAAAUUUUACAAAUUUAGCGAAAAGCCAGUUUUAUGAAAAUUAGGGUGUUCAGACUGUUUUCACCUAAUACUAAAAAAUUCGCCAUUCACUCAAAAAACAUCAGGAGUUCAAAACUUCAAAAUGUAGAAUAUUUAAGCUAUUCUAUAUCCUGUUUAUAGGAGAUCUCAAAAGAAACUCAAAAGAAAAGAUCUCCAAAGAUCAGAAAGAAACCUCGGCAUGCCUUUAUAAAGAAAACCUUUUCCAGAAGUAUUUUUCGAAACAAGUUUUCUUGGAGAUCUUUGGAAAACCAGACCGUGUGUAUAGUCAGUACGCGACUUUUGUUUUGUGCUAACGAGUAAGUAUGGUCGUUGUUCUAAGGAUGUAGGACCAAAGCAACAUAAGACUAGCCUUAACUUUUCCGCAUUUGAGUCACAUUCUCGAAGGAAAAAACUAAAGACUUAGCACUUAAUGAAGAAUUGUCAACUCAGUUAAAUCAUAUACAGCAAUAUGAUCGAUAAAUUUGAAAAAACUUGGGAUUAGCAAAACAUUCGUGUGGUCAUUCCCUCUUUUCUUGUCUUUCUGUCUCAAUGUUUCUCUGUUUUCGUUAAAAUAAAAACACCUGUUGAAUAAGCACAUCCCUGAUAAAUAAAAAUUGCGAAAUUCCUGAAUAAACGACUGCGCCAAUGCCCGAAUUUGCUAUUCCGGAAUUCGGGAUCUAUAGCUAUGAGUAUACGAUCUCGUACGUAUUAUGAUCAAUUGUGAGAAAUUUUUUUCAUAAAAUUAUUAUAUUCUCUAUCAAGACUGAAUUGUCAUUUGACAAAAGCGGCUAGAAAGAAUGAUCGAUAUUUGCACAGGGUGAAACAUGUUUACAAAUCGAAUUUUUGUCAAAUGAUGUUGCAAAAUGUGAUUUACUAUGAUUAUGUGAAACUUUAUCAAAAGCAAAUUCACAUUGUGAAUCGGAUGUUAUUCAAAUGCACCGUACCCAGGAAGAAAUUUUGGACCGUCGCAGGUCCUUCGCAGUCAUUAAAAAUGUUUUUUUUGCCUUUAAGAUCUUAAAAACCUUCUUUUGACACAGUUUAAGGCUUUCCACUACUUGAGAUUUUUAACGCGUUCUCUGGAGUUACUCAUAUAAACUUGUAAACGUCUAUAAAGUAUGUGAAAUUUUAAUGCAUUGUAGCGUCUUUGGAAAACUUCUCGGGCUCUAACGCUUCCUAACGUUCCUCAAUAAAUGUAGCUAUCAUAUCGCGAACUCGUUCGCAUACAAUAGGCGGUUCAAAGGCCUGCAACACUUUAUAAGCAUCAUUCCAGACCACUCUGUAUAGUUGUCAUCCUCAACCAAAUAGCGCUAUUGGAUAUCCCGCAUGAACACACGAAUGUUUUGCUAAUCCCAAGUUUUUUCAAAUUUAUCGAUCAUAUUGCUGUAUAUGAUUUAACUGAGUUGACAAUUCUUCAUUAAGUGCUAAGUCUUUAGUUUUUUCCUUCGAGAAUGUGACUCAAAUGCGGAAAAGUUAAGGCUAGUCUUAUGUUGCUUUGGUCCUACAUCCUUAGAACAACGACCAUACUUACUCGUUAGCACAAAACAAAAGUCGCGUACUGACUAUACUGAGAUAGACAAGUAUGUGAUUAACAGACGUUCUCUGUUUUUCUUCUAAACGAGAAUUUUUUGUUGUUUUCCUUUUAUCCCGUUCUGCAUCGGCAAUGUCACUUGAUUUAUUCUGUGUAUGUAUUUAUCACCAGUGUUCGAGUAGUACGUUUCAUCGUUCAAUAAAAUUCGAUUCGCCAAGAGAGAAAAUAUAGAUAUUGAAAUGAAUAUAGUCAGAGAGUGAGAAUUAGAGAAACAAAGGACGUUCGUUUCUGAACAUACGUGUAUAUAUUAACCGUUCAGUUAUUGCUUUCCUGCCUUCACUUCACUUUCAAAACUUUUUAUUAUAUCGUUGAAAAUGAGCCUCUCUAAAUUUCUGUUCGUCACAGCGGUAAAAUUGUCAUUCAGGAUCUUUACCAAAAUAUUGUUUUAUUUCUUUCCGUUUACUUUUUAGUGUGGAACCGUACAAAAAGCUAUACAUGAUGCUAAAGAAGAUAUACAACGUACAAUGGAUGAUAAUACUAAAACUAAUGCAGAAAAGAAACGUAUGAUUACUGAAUUGGUUAAUGAAGUAGAAGAAUUAUCAACUCAGUUAGAUCACAUGCAGCAAUAUGAUCGAUAA